AUGACGACCAACGGACCUGUCAUAGUCUUCGAGUGGCUCAAAACGCUCCAGCUCGCCCAGUAUGUCGAGGCGUUCGUGGACAACGGGUACGAUGACUUGGAGGUGUGCAAGCAGAUAGGGGACCCGGACCUGGAUGCCAUCGGGGUGUACGUGCCUCAUCACCGCCAGCGCAUCCACGAAGCGGUACGCAGGCUUAAGGAUGAAGCGAGGGAGACGGCCAGCGGUCUGUACUUCACCCUGGAGCCAAUGUCGCACGCCGCUACAGAAAUAUACUCCAGUCACAUGGUUGGACAGCACGAAAACUCCAAACUCCGAAGCUCCAAGUCGUGGACCGAGCCCCUGAACGAGCGUGCUGCGUUCACGGUGGGCGCGCAGAGGAACCUCACGCUGGGGAACCGUAGGGACAUGACGGUCUACCCCAAACUCAAACUCAAAAUCAUGAUUAGGGAUAAGCUCAUCAGGGACGGCGUCAACCUGGCGAGACCACCGUACUCCAAUAAGUGCCAGCGGUGGUUUGUCUGGCAUCAAAGCAUCUGUCUGCACCUCCGCUCCAUCCAUCAUCCCGCCUUAAACACCCUCGCGAUUUUCGAGUGUUGCGGUCGAUCCGUGUUGAACGAUGUGAUGGAAGUGGAAGUGGAUCGAUAG